AUGUUCGAAUGCGAGCCGCCAUCGCCGUCCACGGCGAUCUCACUCUCACGCCGCGUCGGCGGCAACAGCACCGCCAAAAUUCAGUACAAGCGAUCCCAAUCGGACCGUCCAAGUCUAACCGGGGAUCCCCAGCAGCCCGUCAGACGACAGCCAAUCCCCUCCCCGAGAACAGUCGAAACUCCUGUCUUGCGAAGCGAACCUAGCAGGGAAUUCGUCGGCGGCGGAGAGCAGUUGGCGGAGGAGCAAUUGACGGAGGAGCAGUUAGCGGAGGAGGGGUUAGACGGGAUGAGCAUGGAGGAGAUGGAAGCGCUCUGCGAGAUCAUGGCGCUCGAGGAGUCGCAAGCCCGCGCGGCGCGCAUGGAAGCGCUGGGCUACGAGGUGGCGGGCGGGGAGGGGCGCGAGGAGUACCGCAAGGAGGGGGAUGGCGGGGAGGGCGGAUGGUGGCAGGUGGGGUACAGCGACGGCCCCGCGGGUGGAGAGGCGAGCGGUAGUGGGGAAGCGGAAGGCGGGAGGACAGAAGGUGGGGAAGGGGUUGCAGUGGUUAUUGGGGAUGACGGAGAGGGUGACAAUAAGGAGGGAGGCUCGGUGGGCUCCUUGAUUCGGUCCAUCGAGGGACUACCCAAGCAAAGCAAGCAACAACCUCCGCCACUCUCCCCAGAAAAAACGCCAGGCAAGUCGCGCAAGUCGUCAGGUGGAAAGAAGAGCAGGGAGAAGCGCAGAGGCGAGCCGGGGGGCGCGGAGACCGUCGCGGGCGCGAUUGAGCGGUUCAGCGGCAGCGGGAAGGACCCUGUGCGAGUCUCAACGUCCCGAAUGACGGCGUCCACGUCAGAACCGUCGCUGGCUCUCGCUGCUGCUGUCGCGACCGCGGGGAAUCGGCGCUAUGGCCUGGCGAAUGGCGGCACCGCCUCGCCUAUGGAAGACAGGCCGGCGGGAAUGGCGGGUGGAGGAGCAGCGAGGGGCUCUGCGGGACUGAGUGGGGAGUUCCCCUUGGAGCUAUCGUCCAGUCCCUCUGUGUCCGUUGUCGAUGCUGAGCUGUCAAGGAAGAAGACUGAGGUGGCACGAUAUGAAACUGAGCUGGCACGGCGCCGUGCUGAGCUGAACCGACUGAGGGUUGAGCUGGCGAGUGUGAGCGUAGAGAAGGUGCAAGCGGAUAUCGCGCUGAAUCGGUUAAAGCAGGAAGUAGAGGAUUGGUCGUAUGUUCCCGCCGACGGGACAGGGCAGGGAAGAAACGAAGCGGACGAGGCAGGGGAAGCAGGCGAAAGCGGUGCGCCUGAUGUAAAGAAGGAUGGGGACGGAGGAAGCAGCGAGGGGAAUUCUUCUCCUGGCCGGUUGAAGGCGCAACUGGGGAAGGUGAGGCUUGAGAACGAGCGACUGAAGAGACGAGAGAAGAGCCUCACUGCUGACGUGGAAUACAUCGAAACCAUGCUGGCGCAGGAGAAGGGCGAGUCAGCAGCGCUGCGGCGUGAGCUGGCGGAGGUCAAACAGCAUCGAAAAGAUCUUGACAAGGAGCUCUCAGCUGCGCAGAAAGAACUCUCCUCCCUCAGGCGAUCAGCAGCAGUAGCGGAGAGGCGGGCAGCAGCAGAGGAAGCAGACGCGGCGUUGCUGCGGCAGCAGCUGCAGAAGGCACAGGCGGCGGAGAUGGGGCUACUAGAACAGCUGCAGCUGGCGACCAAGGAGGCGAUGGGGCUGCGGAAGACGCUGGUGUGGAGCAAGGAGACGCGCGAGGACGCGGAGGAGUGGGAGCGCGGGCUGCAGGGCACACUGGCGGAGCAGGUGCAGCGCAAUGGCGAGCUGGAGGUGAAGGGCGGCGAGAUGAUGACGCGGCUGCUGGUGCUGGAGAAGGAGCUCGCGGAGGAGCAGCAAAGGCGCAGCGCUGCCGAAUUCCAGGCACGGGAUGCAGUGGCAGCGAAGGAACUUCUGGAGGAGGAGGUGAUGCUGCUGCGGCACACCAGAGGGGCGAUGAAAGAUGCGUGGGCGGUAGGGGAAGGCAAGGAGGGGGGGGUUGAUGGUGGAGAAGGGAGGAGGGCAAGCAGCAGAGCAGAGGAGGGGGCGGGCGAUAGGAAUGCAAAGGUGGCAUCCUCUGAUGGGCUCAAGAUGGAGGUGCCUGCUCGAGUGUGGGACAUUCUCGACCAGGUGGAGGAGACGAAGGCGAGGGGCAUGGCGGAGCGGGACGAGUUGACGCGCCUGCACUGGCUGACGGCCUAUGCCGCUGUGCGAUGGCUCAUGCGACAAGCAAACGGCUCUGACGACGGUAUCGCACGUCGCUCGCUAGUCGGGAGUCGAGCAUCAGCAGGUUGCGACUACCGACGAGGGAGCUGGGUGCCCACGUCCUCCAUCCGCAACUACAAGCCGCCCUACGCCAGCGGCUGCGCCGGGGGCUUCUCGUGUGACACUAACGGGCGCAACCCCGCCGGAUACGUGUGGGUGCCCGCGCCGCCUUGCUCCUACGACCGAUGGAGAUUCAAUCCCAAGACGUUUCUCGAGACCAUGCGGAACAAAAUCGUCGCAUUUGUGGGUGAUUCGCUAAGCGACAACCUGCACGCGUCGUUCCAUUGCAUCCUCUCCGCGUACACAAAAAUUGAGUUUAAGAAGUCGUGGCUGGGCGGCGCGAAGCCGGUGGGGUCGCUGCACGCGGCGCAGUACAACUUCACGCUGCUCUCCAUCAACAGCGGCUACAUCGUGCAGAGCCCCCGAUACUACAAGGACCAAACACAGCCAUACGUGGUGAACCCCAAGUGGGCAGGCAUUCUGCGCUACACGCACUCUAUCAUCUUCAGCGCCGGCCACUGGUUCUUCCACCCGCCAAGCACAAAGCUUGGGUCCAACCCCGAUUGGAAGCCCAUGGGGGCAUACCGCAAGGCCAUGGGUACACUAUUUGACUACUUUGAGAAAACACCCUACAGCGGCCUCCCCAUCUUCAUGACCUUCUCCCCAAUCCAUGCCGGGAAUGCGUGCGCCACCGCCAAUGCCCCAUUUGCGAAUGAGACCGAUGGCGUUGCGCAUCUCAAUGGCUACACCAUACCAGCCAUGAAAAAGCAAUUUUUGGAGAUGCCUACCAUACAAGUCCAGCAGCCAAUAGCUGCAAGGACGUUAGGCACGGACUUCGAGGUGCACCGCAACUGGCUCGCCAUCACGCACUCGCUGCCUCUCUCGCAGUGGUACGUGGACGCGACGAGCCCUUGGACGCUGGACUACCCGCCGCUCUUCGCCUUGUUCGAGCGCUGCCUCGCGCUGCUCGCGUGCCGCGUCGACCCGCUCAUGACCGACCUCGUUAACGGCCUCGAGCACGCCAGCUACGCCACCGUGCUCUUCCAGAUCCAAUCCCCCUCCCGGCUGUCCCCCGCAGCGUCUAUCAGUGAUGGGCACGGACUGCCUGCUGGCCGUAGCAGCAUGGCGCUGCACGCGCGGCCUGCCCUCCCGGGCGCACCGCAACCCUCGGCGCCAGGCAGCUCCAUCCCCCUCCUCGCCUCGCUCGCCCGUAUAGUCACACUGGGCGCAGUGGUCCUUGCAGUGCUGCUCCUCUCCUUCGCCCCCUUCAUAGUGACAAAGCAGAUCCCCAACCUGCUUGCCCGCCUGUUCCCCUUCGGCCGUGGUCUCAUGCACGCAUACUGGGCGCCCAACUUCUGGGCGCUCUACACCCUCGCUGACAAGCUCCUUGCUGCUGCAGCUUCGAUUGCAGGCUCGGCAGGAGGUCCGGGAGUGGAAGGGAAGGGCGGGUGGACUCGGGGAUUGGUGGGUGAUUCAGUGGGGUUCAGUGUGGUGCCGCAGGUGACGCCGCUGGCUGCUGACACUGAUGGUGCUGACAGGGAUGGUGCUGACAAGGAUGGGAAAGAAUGUAAGGGGAGUGAACCCCAUGGCACGCCCACAGGGGAGCAGCGGCGGUGGAGCAUGCAGGCCAUAGCAGCAGCGCUGGCACACGUGUUUCUGAGUGCGUUCCUGCUGGGGUGGCACGUGCAUGAGAAGGCGGUGCUGCACUUCCUGCUGCCGCUCUCCCUCCUCGCCUCCUCCUCCCCCGCAUGGGCGUCUGAGUUUCUCAUUCUUGCCACUGUGUCACACUACGCUCUCCUGCCCCUCCUCUUCACACUCCCCGAGUUUCGAGUAGUGCAUGCUCUGGGUGUUUUACCCUUAGAAAUGCUGUGUCAGCUGCUGUACCACCACCCACGGCUGCAUGCGCGCUUGCCUUUCCUUCCGCUGCUCCUCACUUCCGUGUACUGUGCUGUGGGCAUCGCCGUAGCUUGGGCUGUACAGUUGUAUGCGAUUGUCAGUUCCUCCUGA